AUGCAAAAACAAUUUCUUGUUGAGGUUGAUUGUUGUGGUGUUGAACACCAUAGAAUUAUUGUUGAUCAAAGAAUGAUCCAUUUAAAAUCUUUUAAUAAGAAAUUACGUUCAAUAUUUCGACAACUUCCCAAAGAGAGAGUGUUAUUAUAUUGUAGUUCAAAAGGACCAACAACUAUUACUAAUCAAAAUGAUUGGAUUAGAUUUUAUCAAGAAGUAAGUGGAGUUGUAAAUCUUCAUAUUUUUGAGAAUGAAAAUGGGAUGAUUUCUACAAAAGAAGGAUUAAUGAACAUUAUUGAGAUUCUUGUAUUACCUCAGUUAUCUCAAUCAUUUAUGUGUUGGAAAGAACUAAACACAAUAUUACAAGAUGAAGAAUUCAAAAAUCAAUGUAAAUUAAUUAUUCAAAUGUUUACAAAGAAAUGUCAAAUAAAAGAAGAGAAUGAUUGUAAAAAGAAAGAAGUUGGAUAUCAAAUGGAAUUUAUCAGAGAUGUAACAUUUAAAUCUAUACAAAUUAUUCAUAAAAAUGAAAAACAUAUAAAAAUAUGGAUGGUUCAAAAUAGUGGAAAUCAACAAUGGCCUAAAGGAUGUUAUAUUGGUCAAUGGAAAGGAAAUGAAUUAAUUCCAACCAAAAGUAAUUUUAUAAUUCCACAAAUUAUACGUAGUAAUAUUAUUCAAGUUUCUUAUGAAUUUAUGAUUGAACAAUGUGGAACAUGGAAUAUUCAAUGUCGUUUAUUUACUAUUGACCAUAUUCCAUUUGGUGAUAUUUUAUGGAUUCGAUGUACAGUAAUUGAAUAA